AACGGGAGCUCACCCCGUCACAGGGAUUCGAACCGCCGACCUUCUGAUCAGCAAGCCCUAGGCUCAGUGGUUUAACCACAGCGCCACCUGGGUCCCUGUACAAAUAUAAUUUGGACUAAAUAUUCAGUGUGUUUCCUUGGAAAGGGUGAUUUAAAUGUGACAAAUUAAUAAGUAAAAUGGGACAUGUCUAAAUCACUUGAUACAAUCAUUGAAUACAAUUCCAUGCGUCAUACGUAAUUUGGACUCUUAGAGAUCUCACCCGUCAGUAGAAGAAUAAAUAUCGUAGAUCCUAGGGCCUUUCCUUCCUUUCUUAUGAAUCGCAAAAGGCAUGUUCUACCUCCUCUGUCAGAGGCAGUGAAUGCCAGUUGCUAGGAAUCACAAGAGGAGAGCGUUGCUGUCGCACUCAGGACCCGCUCGCGAGCUUCUCAUCUGGGCAGCUCCUGUGAGAACAGAUAACACUGGUCCUAAGGGAUCUAUCUAUAUUGGCCCCCAGUAUGUUUCCGAGCCCAAUUCAAAGUGUUGGUGCUGACCUUUAAAGCCCUAAAUGGCUUUGGCUCCGUAUACGUGAAGGGCCUUCUUCGUAGUGGCGCCCUCCCUGUGGAACGCCCUCCCAUCAGAUGUCAAGGAGAUAAACAACUCUUUGACUUGGUGUUGGUGCCAUUGGCUAAUCGUGAGGGGUGAUGGGAGGGCACCAGGCUGGGGAAGGGUGUUGAAGAACACGGUAGGUGCUACGGUAUUUAGUGUGUGUCUUUGUUUAGCUUAUAGGGAGGAAAAACAGGGACGUUGGCGCAUAUUUCAGUUACCACAAAUGGCUUAUGGGUAAGGCACCAACAUUACGUUGCACAGGGUAUAUCUCGCUAAAUGUUGUUUACCCCGGGAGUAAUUAUUGUUUACUUCAGAAUGAUACACCCCAGAAGUAUUGGGCUAGCUAGCCCCACCUUGCAUGGCUGGUGGGAGUUGUAGUCCAGCAACUUCUGGAGGGCCACGGCUUCGUCAUGGCUGUCCCAGACACAUGUCCCAACCAGUCAGGAAUCACACUCACAGGGGUGUUAGAGGGAGGGAUAAGCAGUGUGUGACUCUCUUAAACAGAUGCCAUCUGGCCUCACAGCCUGAAUCUGACUGAUCACCUCCUUCUGCAAGAAGUCAGGUGAGAUCUUUGCAGAGAUUUGAUUUCAGAACAUUCUCAGAAAGCGCUUGGGCAAUCAGUGCAACAGUCUGUAUCAGCGCUACGGAUUAGCCUUUUUUUUUUAAUUGCAGUUUUAUGUGGUGUUGCAGGCCCCUUGAUUUCAUACUGAUACCAAGUCACUCUGACUUGACCUAGAACGGGAAGCCAGGGGGAGGCGCCUUGCCUGCAGAAGGGGCGUGACAAGAGUGGGUGAGUCGGCGGUGCAAAUAAAAACUGCCGAGGGUUGGCGCGGAGGUAGGCGGGCGGUGGAUGAAUGCCACAGAGGGCACAACUGCUAAUCUGAAGCGGAGAGAGCGAAGCUUGAUGGAUGCGAAGAGACAUCGCGGCGGGCCUCGUUCUCCCUGGUCCAUCCUCGUCCGGCCUUGACACCGUUUGGACUCCAGCGCCACAAUGGGGUUCUGCCCAGCCAGCCUUCUGGGUUUGCUCUUGUUGCACAUAGCAGCUGGAGUGAUGGGGAGCCAACCCUGCAUCCCAAAGUUCUUUGGCCGGGACGCGAUGGUUUGCGUCUGCAACCGCACCUACUGCGACACGCAGGACCCCGUCUCCCUCCCGCCAGCCGGCUACUUCGUCAAAUACGAAAGCAGCCGGUCCACUAGCCGGAUGGAGCGCAGCGAAGGGAAAUUCCAGGGGAAAACGACCACCCCAGCCCUGGUCCUCGUUCUGGAGCUGGCCCAGCGGUACCAAAUCAUCAAAGGCUUCGGGGGCUCCAUCACUGACUCGGUUGGCAUCAAUGUCCUCUCUCUGACACCAGAAACCCAGAACCAUCUGCUGCGAUCCUACUUCUCAGAUGAAGGGAUUGAGUACAACCUGUUGCGCAUGCCCAUGGCAAGCUGCGACUUUUCCGUGCGCCCUUACUCUUACGACGACUCGCCGUACGACUUUGAGCUGAAGAACUUCAGCUUGGUUCAUGAGGACAUCCAACUGAAAAUCCCCCUCGUCCACCGUGCCAAGGCUAUGUCUAAGAAACCCAUCUCCUUAAUGGCCAGUCCAUGGUCUUCUCCGAUUUGGAUGAAAACCAACAAUGCGUGGAAUGGGAAGGGGUCCCUCAAAGGGCAGGCGGGGGACCGGUACCACAAGACGUGGGCCAACUAUUUUGUCAGGUUCCUGGAUGAAUACGCCAAGCAGAAUGUGACCUUCUGGGCGGUGACGGCGGAAAAUGAACCUGGCGCGGGGCUUCUGGAAAACUACCCCUUCCAGUGUCUGGGCUUCACAGCCGAGCAGCAGCGGGACUUUAUUGCUCUGGAUCUGGGCCCUGCCCUGGCGAACAGCUCCUACAAGGAUAUCCGGCUCAUAAUCCUGGAUGACAACCGCAUACAUUUGCCUAGCUGGGCCAAAGUGGUGCUGAGUGGAGACAGCCCAGCUCACCGUUACAUCCACGGCAUUGCCGUGCACUGGUACCUGGACUUAAUUGCCCCCAUCGCCAGCACAGUCGGAAUCACCCAACAGCUCUUCCCGGAUUACUUCAUCAUCUCCACCGAAGCCUGCGCCGGGUCACACUUUUGGGAGAGGGACGUGGUUCUCGGCUCCUGGGAUCGGGGCAACCAGUACAGCCGCAGCAUCUUGGCGAACCUUAACCAGCACGUCACAGGCUGGAUCGACUGGAACCUGGCCUUGGAUCUGGAAGGGGGACCCAACUGGGUCAAGAACUUUGUGGACAGCCCCAUCAUCGUGGAUGCGGGCAACGAUAUUUUCUAUAAGCAGCCGAUGUUCUACCACAUGGGUCACUUCAGCAAAUUUAUUCCGGAAGGCUCCCAGCGCAUCGGGCUGAGUGUGGUGCAGAAAGGCUUGGGGUGCAGCCUGGAGCACGUGGCUGUACUUCGCCCCGACGGAGCGGCCGUGGUCGUCGUUCUUAACCGCUCCGGGUUCAACGUCUCCUUUGCCAUUUCCGACCUGGAUGGCCUCAUUCUGACCGAGAUCCCUGCCAACUCCAUCCAGACUUAUCUGUGGAAGCGCCAGUGAGCCCAGCGCUCGGGAUUUCGCCCCCCCCCCACACACUUGGAAAACUGUGAGCUUCUUCAGCACGAUGAUACCCAGGCCUGGUUUGAGUCCUGACUCGCUUGCUCUCAGAUCCAGUUUGGGCCUGGUUUGGGAUCUACCUCAUUAACUCGCACAUAAAGCGGAUUUAAGUGGCAACGCUUUUGUUUCUGCCGCACUUUUGAAAUGAGCCAGACUGCAGGGAGACCUGAAGGAAACGACCGGAAAUUCGUUCUCUUGCUCAGCGCAAGAAGAGGAACCACUCUGAGCACGAGAGCACCCAGAUUGAAUGAAAUGAAAUGAAAUGAAGAAGGCCCCGCUGGAUGGGUGCCCAGAUUUGAAAGGGGAACAACAUGUUCUCUUUUGCCUGCUGCUUAGGAGCCUGUUGCUGUUGCUGCUGUUGUUGUUGUUGUGUUAUGUGUGAUUCUUUUUCUCAUUGGACUUCUGGCAUCUAAGCCCAACCCCAACCCCCUGCAAUGCAGGAAUCUCGACACACGGUCUCCCAUCCAAUUGGAAACCAUACCAGACCCUGCUUAGCUUUGAAAAUGUGCUCGCAGUUUUAGUGCUGCCCCACUUUUGGUCUGUUUUAACCUCUGUGGGUACUUCCAGGCAUUGGACAGUUUGGCAGCACUCAGCCAUUACUGUUCUGCUUCCACCACAAGUGGAAUCGCAACUCUGUCUUUCGGGGGUUCUGAAAUCCCAAGUUAAGUUUCUGGUCACUUCCCACACCCAUGCAUUUAAAGCACAACACUCCCCACCCCCCCUUUCUGUGAAGGGGCAGAAAGAGACUACAAUUCCCAGGAUCCUUUCAGGGACUCCUUGGCUAUAAAUGUCCUUUAAAUAUAUGGUGAGGGUGUGCCCCAGCCUUUUCCUCAGACCCUAACGUUGACAUAAGGGGGCAUGAUUUUCAUUGGGACCACGGUGGGUGGGCGUGUUAAAAAUAAUAAUACAGAGGUACCUCUACUUAGGAAUGUAAUGCGUUCUGAACGCACAUUCAUAAGUCAAAAAAAAUUGUAAGUCGAAUCCCAUAGGAAUGAAUUGGGAGAAAAAAUUCGCAAGUCGAAGCAACCCUAUCUAAAAAUUCGUCAGUAGAAAAAAUCCUAUCUAAACAGCAUCCAAGAUGGCGGACGGAGCCAUAGCUGCCAAGUUUUCCCUUUUCUCGCGAGGAAGCCUAUUCAGCAUAAGGGAAAAUCCCUUAAAAAGAGGGAUACCUUGGCAGCUAUGGACGGAGCUCCAUUCUCAAGUAGAAACAUUCGUAAGUCGAGUCAUUCGUAAGUAGAGGUACCACUGUAAUUUAUUAUUUGUACCCCACCCAUCCGGCUGGGUUUCCCCAGCCACUCUGUGCGGCUUCCAACAAAGAUUAAAAUACAUUAAAAUGUCACACAUUAAAAACUUCCCUAAACAUGGCUGCCUUCAGAUGUCUCCUAAAUGUCAGGUAGUUGUUUAUCUCUUUAACAUCUGAUGGGAGGGCAUUCCACAGGGCGGGUGCCACUACCGAGAAGGCCCUCUGCCUGGUUCCCUGUAACUUUGCUUCUCGCAGUGAGGGAACUGCCAGAAGGCCCUCGGAGCUGGACCUCAGUGUCCAGGCAGAGCGAUGGAGGUGGAGACGCUCCUUCAGGUAUACUGGGCCGAUGCCGUUUAGGGCUUUAAAGGUCAGCACCUCCAACACUCUGAAUUGUGCUCAGAAACAUACUGGGAGCCAAUGUAGGUCUUUCAGGACCAGUGUUAUAUGGUCUUGGCCGCCGCUCCCAGUCACCAGUCUAGCUGCCGUAUUCUGGAUUAGUUGUAGUUUCCGGGUCACCUUCAAAGGUAGCCCCACAUAGAGCGCAUUGCAGUAGUCCAAGCAAGAGAUAACUAGAGCAUGCACCACUCUGGCGAGACAGUCUGCGGGCAGGUAGGGUCUCAGCCUGCGUACCAGAUGGAGCUGAUAGACAGCUGCCCUGGACGCAGAAUUGACCUGCACCUCCAUGGAUAGCUAUGAGUCUAAUAUGACUCCCAGGCUGCGCACCUGGUUCUUCAGGGGCACAGUUAACCCCAUUAAGGAUGAAGGGGGUGGACUCUCCUUCAUUUGACGGUUUUAAGCAGAGGUCAGAUGGCCAACUGUCAGGGCUUCUCCAGCUGUGAUUCGUGCAUUGCAGGGGGUUGGACUAGAUGACCCUUGGGGUCCCAUCCACACCUAUGAUUCUGUGAAAUACUUCUCACUUGGUGCACUCUCAGGUAUUAUUCCUGCCCCUGCACUGGAGUUUGGAGGGGAGGUAAGAAAAGAAAUGGAUAUAACGACAAUGCUGUUUUGGAAGGGGUUAAAGUCACAUAAUAAUAAUAAUAAUAAUAAUAAUAAUAAUAAUAAUAAUAAUAAUAAAUGAUCAAAGUAUGAUUCUACAAUAAAUGUCCAGUGUGGAAGAAGCCUCCCUUAUCUUUCCAAAAUAUAGAAACUGCCUAGUUUACUCACUAGGUGGAGCUAGAACUUGUCAUAGUGCUGGGAAUUUCUCUCUGUCUACCUAUCUUGCUGGACAGAGACAAUUAAGUCUUGUUUUACUUCUGGACAUACCUGUACUCUAAGCCUUUCGUGACAUUCCUCAUUUCCAUCUUGCAUUUUGCAUCCUUUGGCCCGGAUUAAAAAACAAAACAAAACAUUCAAACAUUUCCCGUGAAAGUUGCUGAAUUGCAAUUUAUCACCAAGCCUAAAACAUGGAGAAACCUGGUUUGAACAGAGCCGUUGGAUUAUUUUCUCAUUAUACAUGAUCAAGCCACCUCACCCCUUGCUUUUUCAUGCAAGUCCAUUUUCAGUCGUUUGCAGUCGUCAACAGCUAUCAGUCAGUCUAUCACCCAUUUCCACCACCCCUCCCCACCCUUUCUCUACAUAUCUGGGGACUUCUUAUUCAGUGUAUCUGAAGAAGUGUGCAUGCACACAAAAGCUCAUACCAAAAUAAAAACUUAGUUGGUCUUUAAGGUGCUGCUGGAAGGAUUUUUUUUAUUUUGAUUCAAACCUCAGUUUUCGAAAGUUUUGGAAGCCAAAUGCCCAAAACCCAGAAGUGAAUGGUAUUUUUAAUUUUUUUUUUAUUUUACAACAAGAGAACUUAACAGGCAUUACUUUAAUCAGGAUGUAGCAUUUAACCAGUUCAUCACCAGAAAAAACAACAACAAAUGCAUAUGUAUUUGUUUAAAAGAAGUGAAUGCUUACGUUUUCAAAUGCACCUCGGAAGUCGAACGGUUUACAAGGCACAUUUUCCAUUAUUUUUCCAUUCACUUUGCAGCCAGCCCUUUGAUCCUUGGUUUUGGGGUUUUUCGGAAGUCAAACGGACUUCCAGAACGGAUUAUAUACGAAAACCGAGGUUCCACUGUACUCUGUAAUCAGUUCAAUUUCUUCU